AUGACUGGAGAACUUGGAUACUCACCUUUCAGACUAGUAUAUGGAAGAGACGCGAUUACGCCUCUUGAAUUAACUAUUGAAACAUAUCAAACAUUUGUAACUAAGAAGUUUUGGACCACUGAAGAGUUAUUAGAAUUCAGGACCCUACAAAUGAAAAAUUUGAGUUAUGAAUUGAAGGAGGUACAGGUAAAUCGUGAUGAAUUGAGAGAGCAGUGGAAAUACUUUCAUGAUCAACACAGUAAUUUAAAGGAAAAGAUUGAUAUUGACGAACUAGUUUUGCUAGAUGGAACUGAAUUAAGGGACCCCAUCACCAGAAAUAGAGUUAAGAAGUUAAAGGAAUCAAGUGAAAAAUCUCAUGAAUUUCAAGAAGGUAAAGGAGCAGAUAGUGACCUCGAGGACGAAGGUCAUGGGGAAUCUAGCUCGUGUCAUGGUAAAAAUAAGUAUGCGGUGUAUUUAGUGAAGGGAAUUGAUUUGGAUCUCUGA